GCGGCGGGAAGAUGGCGGCGCCCGGCUCGCGGGGCGUGCGGCGCUGAGCGCGGCGGGGCCCGGAGGCCUCGGUCCUGUCGCCGACAUGUCGCGGCUUAUCGUGAAGAACCUCCCCAACGGGAUGAAGGAAGAACGUUUUAGGAAGCUCUUUGCUGCCUUUGGCACCCUGACUGAUUGUUCCCUGAAGUUCACCAAGGAAGGAAAGUUCCGGAAAUUUGGCUUCAUUGGUUACAAGUCUGAAGAGGAAGCUCAAACAGCACUGAACCAUUUCAACAGGAGCUUCAUAGACACCUCCAGAGUCACUGUGGAGUUAUGCAAGUCUUUUGGUGACCCUUCCAAACCCAAAGCCUGGAGUAAACACUCUCAGAAGGCCUCAGAAAAACAGCCUGAGAAACCUGUGACCAGCACAGCUCCUGCAGGCACAAAGAAAAACAAAAAGAAGAAAGAUCCAACAGAAAACUUGAAGGAGCUGGAAGAAGAGGAAACAUUCCAGGAGUUCUUGGUGGUUCACCAGAAACGGUCUCAAGUGGCCACUUGGGCUAAUGACACUUUGACAGAGGAGCCCAAGAAGGGCAAAUCCAAGGCAGCAGCUGAUUAUCUCAACUUUGAUUCAGAUGAGUCUGAGGAGCUGAGUGAGGAGGAGGAGGAUGGGAAUGAGCCUUCUGAGUCUGAGGAGAAAGCUCAAGGCAAGAAAGGAGGGAAGAAGGCAGCUACCAGCAAAGACCUCUCAGAUAUGGAUUACCUGAAAUCUAAAGUGGUGAAGGAUUCUUCCUCCUCAUCCAGCACAGAGGAAGAAUCAGAUAGUGAGGAGGUGGAAGAGGAAAGUGAGAGUGAGGAGGAUUCAGGCAUUGCAGAAACUGUGGAUAAAAAGGGGAAGCCAAAAGCCCAGCAAAGACAGCAGGAGACACCAGGGGAGAAGAAGAAAAAAGGAUCCCCACCAAAGAACCAAGGCAGCUCAGCAGAAGCCAGCACACCAUACACAGUGAAGCUUCGUGGUGCCCCCUUGAACAUCACAGAGCAAAAGAUUCGGGAAUUCUUCUUGCCCCUGAAGCCGGUGGCCAUCCGGAUAGGAAAAAGCACCCAGGGGAAGAAUGCAGGUUAUGUCUUUGUUGACUUGAAGAGUGAAGCAGAAAUGCAGAGGGCCUUGAAAAGAAAAAAAGAAUACUUAGGUGGGAGGUGCAUUGAGGUGCUGCCAUGUGGGAAUGGCCCAAAAGAACCUGCUGCACCCAAACCUGCUCACCAGCCGUGGCAGAGAAGGAAGAGGGAUGAUGAGGAAGAAGAGGAUCUGUCUGAAUCAGGGAGACUCUUUGUGAGGAAUCUUCCCUUUACCAGCACUGAGGAAGACUUGGAGAAGAUCUUUUCCAAGUAUGGACCCCUUUCUGAGGUCCAUUUCCCUGUGGACAAACUGACCAAGAAACCCAAAGGAUUUGCUUUCAUCACCUACAUGAUCCCCGAGCACGCCGUGAAGGCCUAUGCAGAAAUGGAUGGGCAGGUGUUCCAGGGCAGAAUGAUGCAUCUCUUACCAUCUACAAUCAGAAAGGAAAAGGUGGAAGAUGCAGAUGGAGAAGAGUCUUCCUCCUACAAGAAGAAGAAAGAGGCCAAGGACAAGGCCAACAGUGGCAGCUCCCACAGCUGGAACACCUUGUUCGUGGGGACCAACGCCGUGGCUGAUGCCAUUGCUCAGAAGUACAAUGCUUCUAAAAGCCAAGUGCUGGAUCAUGAGGGUAAGGACAGUGUGGCAGUGAGAGUUGCCCUGGGAGAGACCGAGCUGGUCCAGGAGAUCCGCCGGUUCCUCAUGGAGAACGGAGUCAGCCUGGAUUCCUUCAGCCAGGCUGCUGGUGAGCGGAGUAAGACAGUGAUCCUGGUGAAGAACCUCCCUGCCAGCACGAGUGUGGAGGAGCUGGAGGACAUCUUUGGGAAGCAUGGCAGCCUGGGCCGGGUGCUGCUGCCCCAAGGAGGCAUCACAGCCAUCGUGGAGUUCCUGGAGCCAGCAGAGGCCAAGCAGGCCUUCACCAGGCUGGCCUACUCCAAGUUUCAUUCAGUGCCUUUGUACCUGGAAUGGGCUCCAAUGGGUGUCUUCUUCAGCCCAGCCCCUCAGCAAAAAAACCCUGAGGAUUCAGAAAAGGAAGGCAGAGCAAGGCCAGUACCUGGUGGUGACACUGACACAGCUAUGAAGGACUCAGAGGAAACAGCAGCACAGGAAGAAGGGGAGGAGGAAGAUGAAGAAGAGGAGGAAGAAGAAAGCAUUCCUGGCUGUACCUUAUUCAUCAAAAACCUCAACUUUGCCACCACAGAAGACACGCUGAGGGAGACGUUCUCCAGAGUGGGAGCUGUGAAGAGCUGCACAAUAUCCAAGAAGAAAGACAAAACAGGCAAUUUGCUCUCCAUGGGCUUUGGGUUUGUGGAGUACAAGAAGCCAGAGAGUGCCCAGAAAGCCCUGCGUCGGCUCCAGGGCUGCUGUGUGGAUGACCAUAAGCUAGAAGUGAAGAUCUCAGAGAGAGCUGUCAGGCCUGCUGUGAAAUCAUCCCGAAAGAAACAAACUGUCAAGAAGCAGAAGACUUCCAAGAUCUUGGUCCGAAACAUCCCAUUCCAGGCCACCCUCAGGGAAAUCAGGGAACUCUUCAGCACCUUUGGGGAGCUGAAGACCGUCCGGCUGCCCAAGAAGAUGGCAGGAACAGGAUCCCACCGUGGCUUUGGGUUUGUGGAUUUCCUCACCAAGCAGGAUGCCAAGAAAGCCUUCAAUGCCCUGUGCCACAGCACACAUUUGUACGGCCGGAGGCUGGUCCUGGAGUGGGCAGACACAGAGGAGACAGUGGAGGCCCUGAGGAGGAAAACAGCAGAUCAUUUCCACGACUCCCCAAAGAAGAGAAAACGAUCAGAGGUUUUGAAUGAAAUCCUGGAACAUCUGGAAGAGGAGGAAAACAACAAAGAGGAGGCCAUCUAGCAGCUGCCUGGCUUUGGCAAGGUCUCUUUUUGAUGGAUGAAGAGGGAGAAGCCACCUCUGGGGCCUCAGCAGCCAGCACACGUGUUGCCAGCAGAGUCCACUCAUCCUGUGACCCUCAGGGCUGAUUUAUGUCCAGGUCUUGGUAUUCCCAGCCUUUUAAACAGACUUGGGAGCAGGAGGAAGAACCCUUGUCUACCAGCAGCUCCUGAACGGCUUCUUAAAUCCAGGCAGGGAUGUGAUUCCUCACAUCUCAGAAACCUCCCAACCUGGUGGCACAGAAACCUGAGGAGAUGGACACUUGCCCUGCUGAGCCCAGGGACUCCAGCAGAACCUGCUCGGAAUGAUCUGAACGAAGAAUUCCCAGCCAUUAAAACCCGAGCAUCUAUUUUAAGACCUUUUCCAAACGGCCUCACAGCUCAGCUUUGUUUGGAUUGGUUUCAUACACACCUUUUCCCCAGCUAGACAGUUGGGUUUUUGGUCCUGAUAAGGAGAUAAGCACAUUUGAGGAGGGAGCCCUGAGCUCUGCUGCCUGGGGCUUUGUGCCUUGUGUCGUUUCCGUCCCCGCUCCCAGGCAGUCGCCUCCCAUCUCCCUUUUCCCAGCUUUCCAAAGGAAAGAGGCUUUGCUUUUCAACCAGGGGACUGCUUUACAUAUGUAGGCAGCUGAUAAAGUAUUUUCACUUCA